GGAAGAGGCAGCUGCACUUGUACGACCAAAAGACGGACCGCCUCUCCCACUCCCUCCUCAUCUUCAUCAUCUUCUUCUUCUUGUGAAUUGUCAAGAAGAGAAGGGGAAGAAGUUGCGGUCUCCGUUGCUGACCGAGAGACCCGCGUGAAACCUGAAAAGAGGGGAGGGGCGGAGCUUCCUAAGAAAUUGAGAAGAAGCCCACUGCCCGGCCAUAUGUAUAGGAACAAACCAUCCCUCCCUUGUAGUAGUAGUAGUAGAAGUAGUAGGAGUAGUACAUAUUGGAAGCAGCUGCUGAGGCCUGAGGGUAGGAUAGGCUGCCCUUGAGCCUGGUUUUCCCUCGAUUUCUUCGUCCUCUGCGGCAGCGGCUUCUUCUUCUUCUUCUUCUUGGGUUGCUACCUAGCUCGUACUGGAGUAUUAAGGAAGGAAUAGCCGGCCGGCAAGAAAAGAAGCUCAACAUCAUCUAGCUCGUCGCUACUAGUAAGUAGGAGUAGUUGGCAAAAUCCAUCCAUAUAUAUGAUGGCAACUGGCGGCGGCGAUGGUCGUCGGAGGGGCCGGCGGAGGAGCAAGAUGAGGCUGAGCAGGCUGUACAGUUUCGCGUGCGGGCGGAGGCCGACGGCAGUCGACGACGAAAGCUCCAGCAGGAUCGGCGGGCCGGGGUUCACGCGCGUCGUCAACGCCAACGGCGGCGGCGGCAUCCCGGAGUACGGGUACCGCUCCAACUCGGUGUCGACGACCAAGUACAACGUGGUCACCUUCGUGCCCAAGUCCCUGUUGGAGCAGUUCCGCAGAGUGGCCAACAUCUACUUCCUCAUCUCCGCCUGCCUCACCUACACCAACCUCGCCCCCUACACCUCCGCCAGCGCUGUCGCCCCCCUCGUCCUCGUCCUCCUCGCCACCAUGGUCAAGGAGGCCAUCGAAGACUGGAGGAGGAAGCAGCAGGAUACCGAGGUAAACAACAGAAAGACAAAAGUGCUCCAGGACGGUGCUUUCCAUUCUACCAAAUGGAUGAACCUCCAAGUUGGUGAUAUUGUCAAGGUUGAAAAAGAUGAGUUUUUCCCUGCUGACCUAAUCCUCCUCUCAUCUAGCUACGAAGACGCCAUUUGCUAUGUUGAGACCAUGAACCUGGAUGGGGAGACAAAUCUCAAGCUCAAGCAAUCUCUAGAGGCAUCAUCCGGCUUGCAGGAGGAUGACAGCUUCAAUAGCUUCAGGGCUGUAAUAAGGUGUGAGGACCCAAAUCCACACCUCUAUUCCUUUGUUGGCAACAUCGAAAUCGAAGAACAGUAUCCUCUGUCACCCCAGCAGAUCCUUCUCAGAGACUCAAAGCUUCGCAACACCGAGUAUGUGUACGGUGUGGUCAUCUUCACAGGCCAUGAUACAAAGGUCAUGCAGAAUGCUAUGAAAGCCCCAUCCAAGAGAAGUAAGAUUGAAAGGAAGAUGGACCGGAUCAUCUACUUGCUUUUGUCUGCACUUGUCCUGAUUUCAGUCAUCGGAUCGGUUUUCUUUGGCAUCACAACCAGAGAUGACCUACAAGAUGGCAGGCCGAAAAGAUGGUACCUUAGGCCGGACGACUCUACCAUCUACUUCAAGCCAACCAAAGCAGCCAUAUCAGCAAUACUUCAUUUCUUCACAGCCAUGAUGCUAUAUGGGAACUUCAUACCAAUCUCUCUGUACAUCUCUAUUGAGAUUGUCAAGCUUCUGCAGGCUCUGUUCAUCAACCAAGACAUUCAUAUGUAUCAUGAGGAGACCGACACACCGGCUCAUGCUAGAACAUCCAACUUGAACGAGGAGUUGGGUCAAGUGGACACGAUCCUUACGGAUAAAACUGGGACUCUGACUUGCAAUUCCAUGGAGUUCAUCAAAUGCUCAAUUGCCGGAACUGCGUAUGGCCGUGGUAUCACUGAGGUGGAGAGAGCAAUGGCGAAAAGAAAAGGUUCUCCCUUGAUCGCCGACAUGGCCAGCAACACCCAAGGCUCUCAAGCUGCAAUCAAAGGAUUUAAUUUCACGGAUGAGCGUGUGAUGAACGGUAACUGGGUUAGCCAACCCCACUCUGGUGUGAUUCAGAUGUUCCUCAGGUUGUUGGCCGUUUGCCAUACGUGCAUACCCGAAGUUGACGAAGAAUCAGGCACGAUUUCUUAUGAAGCAGAGUCACCUGACGAGGCUGCUUUUGUUGUUGCCGCACGGGAGCUCGGUUUCACGUUUUACCAGAGGACACAGACCGGUGUUUUUCUGCAUGAGUUAGAUCCCUCGUCUGGAAAACAAGUCGACAGAUCAUAUAAGCUCUUGCAUGUCCUUGAGUUCAACAGUGCUCGGAAGCGGAUGUCGGUAAUAGUUAGGAAUGAGGAGGGGAAGAUCUUUCUCUUUAGUAAAGGCGCUGACAGUGUGAUGUUCGAGAGGCUAUCAAGUAGUGAUUGUGCGUACAGAGAAGUGACCCAGGAUCACAUAAAUGAAUACGCUGAUGCUGGUCUGAGAACACUUGUUCUCGCAUACCGCCAACUUGAUGAGGCCGAAUAUGCGAAUUUCGACAGGAAGUUCACUGCAGCCAAGAACUCUGUCAGUGCUGAUAGAGAUGAAAUGAUUGAAGAGGCUGCGGAUUUGCUUGAGAGGAAAUUGAUUCUUCUUGGUGCUACCGCUGUCGAGGAUAAACUACAGAAGGGGGUGCCUGAAUGCAUCGACAAACUUGCACAAGCUGGUAUCAAGAUAUGGGUGCUGACGGGCGACAAGAUGGAAACCGCCAUCAACAUCGGGUAUGCGUGCAGUCUACUGAGACAAGGUAUGACGCAGAUAACCAUCACACUGGAGCAACCGGAUAUCAUCGCCCUGGAGAAAGGCGGUGGCGACAAAGCGGCUGUUGCGAAGGCAUCAAAGGAAAACGUGGUGAAGCAAAUCAACGAGGGAAAGAAGCGGAUAGAUGGAUCGGUAGUUGGCGAAGCCUUUGCUUUGAUCAUCGAUGGGAAGUCGCUGACAUAUGCCCUGGAGGAGGAUGCCAAGGGCGCGUUGAUGGACCUUGCGGUGGGCUGCAAGUCGGUGAUCUGCUGCCGUUCGUCGCCGAAGCAGAAGGCUCUGGUGACGAGGCUGGUGAAGGAGAGCACGGGGAAGGUGAGCCUGGCGAUCGGGGACGGCGCCAACGACGUGGGCAUGAUCCAGGAGGCGGACAUCGGGGUCGGGAUCAGCGGCGCGGAAGGGAUGCAGGCGGUGAUGGCGAGCGACGUGUCCAUCGCGCAGUUCAGGUUCCUGGAGCGGCUGCUGCUGGUCCAUGGUCACUGGUGUUACAGCAGGAUAUCGGCGAUGAUCUGCUACUUCUUCUACAAGAACAUCACAUUCGGCGUCACCCUCUUCCUGUACGAGGCCUACACCUCCUUCUCCGGCCAGACCUUCUACAACGACUGGGCGCUGUCGACGUACAACGUCUUCUUCACGUCGCUGCCGGUGAUCGCCAUGGGAGUGUUCGACCAGGACGUGUCGGCGCGCUUCUGCCUGAGGUACCCGAUGCUGUACCAGGAGGGCCCCCAGAACCUGCUGUUCCGAUGGUCGAGGCUGCUGGGGUGGAUGGCGUACGGCGUGGCCAGCGGCGUGAUCAUCUUCUUCCUGACGUCGGCGGCGCUGCAGCACCAGGCGUUCCGGCGGGGCGGCGAGGUGGUGGACCUGGCCAUCCUGAGCGGCACCGCCUACACGUGCGUGGUGUGGGCGGUGAACGCGCAGAUGACGGUGACGGCCAACUACUUCACCCUGGUGCAGCACGCCUGCAUCUGGGGCAGCGUGGCGCUGUGGUACGUGUUCCUCCUCGCCUACGGCGCCAUCACCCCGGCCUUCUCCACCAACUACUUCAUGCUCUUCACCGACGGCCUGGCCGCCGCGCCCUCCUACUGGGUGGUCACCCUGCUCGUCCCCGCCGCCGCGCUCCUCCCUUACUUCACCUACUCCGCCGCCAAGACGCGCUUCUUCCCCGACUACCACAACAAGAUCCAGUGGCUGCAGCACCGUGGCUCCAACGCCGACGACCCCGAGUUCGGCCACGCCCUGCGCCAGUUCUCCGUCAGGUCCACCGGGGUUGGCGUCUCCGCCCGCCGCGACGCCAGGGACCUCCACCUCCCUCCUCCUUCCCAAUCACAUUCACAUUCACAAACCACAUCUACCUAGUAAUAGUAUAGUCUAGCAAGCAGCUACUGUUCACUAACAGCACCAUUUUUUUUUCCACAUCCAAAUCAAUUUCCCUUUUUCGUGUACAAAAUUUAUACUAGCUGAAGCCUAGUACUAGCCUUGUAACUGUACAUUAACCCUACUUGCUCAUCUCAUACGACAACAUGUAAGUACAUUGGAGCGGACGCAUACGUACGUACCAUCCAUUUUUAUCUUGUUUUGUUCCUUCAUCAUCACACAUUAAUAUUCAUUCAGGAACAAUAAAGAUACUUCCAUUCU